GAUCAAAACAAAAAGAAAAAAAGAAAAGGGGGAAAGGAGUGGGAGAAAAUCUUCUUCACUCAAAUCUUGUAGGGUAUUAGUAUUAUUAUCCUCCCUCCCUCCCUCCCUCCCUCCCUCCCGUGAGUGAGUGAGUGAGUCUCCAGGUAUCUCUCUUUCUUUAUCUAGCAAAUACAACAGUCACCACUCAGAUCCUGCUUUCUCUCUGUUUAUUAUCUUCUAUUUUUAGACAAUGUGUUGAUGCUGCAGAUCUUGAGAGACAGAGAGAGAGAGAGAGGGACAUUUAUAGAUCUAGAUUUUUCUUUUUUCGGAAAUGUCGUCGUCGGUGCCCUAUCACAUUCCAGUCAGUGCUGCUCAGGUAGGGACUUACUUUGUGGCACAGUACUAUCAAGUAUUACAGCAACAACCCGAGUUUGUCCACCAGUUCUACAGCGAUGCCAGUACUAUGCUUCGUAUUGAUGGCUCUAUCAGAGAAUCCGCUGCUACAAUGCUCCAAAUCCAUGCUCUCAUUAUGUCACUCAAGUAUACUGGAAUUGAGAUCAGGACAGCGCAUGCCCUGGAUUCUUGGAAUGGAGGUGUUCUUGUGAUGGUUUCUGGUUACGUGCAAGUAAAAGGCUUUGAUAAUAAGAGGAAAUUUGUAGAGACAUUUUUUCUUGCCCCUCAGGAGAAAGGCUAUUUUGUUCUUAAUGAUGUUUUUCACUUCAUUGACGAACAACCAACUCACCAUCAUCCAGCAGUCUUCUUAGCCCAGAUCCAUCUUGAUUCCAAACUCAAUUCUCCUAAUGCCAUUCCUGAGCCAGCUAUACUUUCCCAGAGAAAAGGUUGCAGCAAGCAUCUGAGUCUGAAAACAUUCUGGAGGAAAACUCUGUGGAAAAGCCAAAUGGCUCACUUAAAAAUACAGCAAGCAAUGCACAAGACCGCCAGCCUGCCUCUGUUGAGGAACCUGCUAGAGAGCCCCAAAAACACACAUAUGCUUCUAUUGUAUGUACCAUACAUGUUACGUGUUGCUAAGGGGCAAUCUGCCACAUCAGUGACUCCCCAGCCUUCUGUCAAUAAGAAUGUACCUCCUGCUUCAGAAUGGAAUCACACUUCACAGGCCCCUGUUCAACAAUCAACUGUGAUGUCAGAUUCAUUUGAAAGGCCAGAGGCAGAGACAGCUGAGGAAAUUCAUGAAGAUGAAAUAAGGUCUGUAUAUGUGAGAAACUUGCUGCCUACCUUAUCAGAAGCUGAGAUUGAAGAGGAAUUCAAGAAUUUUGGUGAAAUCGUGCCUGAUGGAGUAGUCAUUCGAAGUCGCAAGGAUGUUGGUGUAUGUUAUGCAUUUGUUGAAUUUGAAGAUAUGGCUGGUGUUCAUAAUGCAGUCAAGGCGGGUAGUGCAAUUGUUGGUGGACGGCAAGUUUACAUUGAAGAACGAAGACCAAACAGCAACAUCCCAUUUCGAGCAGGAAGAGGAAGGGGUAGAGGCAGGGGUGGCUACCCAACAGAUGCUCCAAGGGGUGGUUUUAGCUCUCGGAGUUCUGGUAGAGGAGGUAGCUAUGAUGGAGGUGACAGGGACUACAACAGACCAAAAGGAAAUGGUUAUUACAGGCCUGGUCCACGCCAAGAUAGAGGGUUCUCAGGUCACCAAGUAUCAAGAAAUGGACAAGAUCAAACAGAUUAGAUAGUUUAGGUUUCCUAACUAAGGGAGAGCAAAAGUUUUUGGUUUAGCAGUUGCAAAUCAGUCACAGUCACAUUUAUUAGUUUUAAGAAGGAUGUGUUGAUAUUUUCAGGUCAGGUUGAUUUAUAUGUUGCCCAUAUGAAUCACUCUUCUGGGGUUUCUUGAUACUUGUUUCUAGUGAACAUUCAUUAUUCUAGGCAAUAUGUUUGCAAUUUUGAGAUCAUUUGUUUGAUGUGAAUCGAGCACCUCUGGUUGAUGAAGCUCCUUGAGCUGGAUCUAUUUGUUUAUUCAAAUUUUUUCAAUGUUUCUAA